CUUAGUUCCAGUGAAAGGAACUCUUAAGGCAGUGGUUCUCAACCUUCCUAAUGCCGCGACCCUUUAAUACAGUUCCUCAUGUUGUGGUGACCCCCAACCAUAAAAUUAUUUACCCAGUAAUUAUAAUUCAUGAAGUGUCAUUUUACUUCCAAUACUGCUGCUUUCAACACAGUAGCUGCUUUUAACAGAGUAGCUGCUUUCAACACAGCAGCUGCUUUCUACACAGUAGCUGCUCUUUACACAUGUGUGACUGGUCCACAUAAGUACAUUAUG